AUGAACGAGUUCUUGAGCUGGUGUAAAGCACGUGGUUAUCAGUUCGAUGGGUUUGAAAUCACUUGCCCUCCUGGAAACUGCGGAAAUGGAAUUUACGCAAGAAAGGACGUUCGGGUCGGAAAACCAUUCAUAAUCAUUCCGGAAACGGAUAUGAUCAACGCGGCGCUGGUUGUUGAUCUUCCAUUCUAUCGAAAAAUUCUAACGAAAAUAGAUCAAAAGCUGAAGCCAAUGGAAAUUCUGACCCUUUUCUUUGCUUUCGAAGACAUGGAACAAUCCGCCUGGUCACCAUAUCUGAAAGUGCUACCGAAAACGUUCGAUACUCCCGCUUUCAAAGGAACCGAAUACGACACAGCCAGUUUGCCAUUGUCUAUCCGAUCGUACUGGAUCAAUCAGAAAAAAGAGAUAGCAGAUAUUUCUGAGAAAGUACUGUUAAACGUGCGAGCUCUUCUUACCCAUAAACGAUUUCAGCUGCUCAAAUGGUAUCCGGAACUGAGUCGCGACAAAAUUUUAUGGGCGUGGCACGUCGUGAACACUCGAUGCAUUUUUGUAGAAAAUGAAGAACAUAACAAUGUCGACAACACCGAUGGGGAUACUAUUGCAGUCAUUCCGUUCGUUGACAUGCUUAACCACGAUCCCGAUAAAUUUCAGGUCAUACCAAUCAAAUAGGUCCGACAAGACAUUGUAACUUUCAGGGAGUAGCGUUGCAUGAGAAACCAAAUGGGCGAUAUGUUGUGCAGGCGAAGAGGCAGAUAAUGGAAGGAGAUCAAGUUUUUGUAUGCUAUGGACCUCAUGACAAUGCCCGCCUGCUUGUUGAAUACGGAUUCACUCUUCCGGAGAAUCUAAAUGCGAAAGUUCUAAUUCCGCAAGGUUUGCUGUUGUGAUAGUUUGAAAAAUGGAACAAUUUUGCAGAAGUGUUGAUUACUCUUGCAAAAAUUGCCGGUAUCAAAGUGACGAGAGAGCAUGAAAGGGUUUUGGAAGAAGUUGGACUCGCUAGCCAUCUAUACGCAACGGAUGAGGGUCCGAGUUGGUCAUUGAGGACAAAUGUGCGAGUGCUGCUUCUGGAGCACUGGCAGAUUGCAAACGGACGAUGGAAGAAAAUAAUCUAUUCGCAUGAGCCAAUCGAAGAGGAAGUUGGUAAACAGAUUGACGAGAAGCUGGUGAUUAUGCUCACGGAGCUGCGGAAUGGUGUUUUUGAGAAAACGAAAAAUAUGCCGCAAGAUGUUCAAUGGAUGUGGAAAGACCAGCUCAAAGUUUGUGAGACUGCUGUUGCCUCGUUCAACGAUGAAACACAGGAAAUUGUUAUCUCUUGA